UGGUUGAGCCGCGCCGCACGUCCCGGACCACUCCCCCUCGCCGCCAAGCUCCCCGUUAUCUCCCCUCUCGCUCUCGCCUCAAAAGUUUCCAGAGCCCCCCUCCCCUGGUCCCUCGCGGCCAUCUCCAACAAUGGCGACGGCUCACCUCAGCCCGGCGCUCGCGGUCUCAUCGUCGCGCCACCUAACCUCCAAACACGGCCAGCCGCCCAUCUUCGCGCAGCCAGGCGGCACAGCGGUGCUGCGGUCUUGCUCGCUUCCCUUGUCCUCGAGACUUGCCGCGUCGGGUCGAGGUGGGUGGCGGCUCGCGGCGGCAGUGGAGCCCAGGACCGCGCAGCAGGAAAAGGCCGAUGCCUCCUCGAGGCUGGUCCUCGUCGUCGGCGGAACCGGCGGCGUAGGUCAAUUGCUGGUAGCAUCUUUGCUGAGCAGGAAAAUUAAGACAAGGCUGCUCCUAAGAAACCCUGAAAAGGCAGCGUUCUUAUUUGGCAAGCAGGAUGAGAGUGUUUUGCAGGUUUAUGAAGCGGACACGAGAAAUGCUGACAGUUUGAAUCCAGAAAUGUUUGAGGGAGUUACACAUGUGGUAUGUACUACUGGGACUACAGCAUUUCCAUCAAAACGCUGGGAUGGGGAUAACACUCCUGAACGUGUCGAUUGGGAUGGCGUCCGAAAUUUUGUGAGUGCCAUGCCACAGACGGUCAAGAGACUGGUUUUGGUGUCAUCGAUUGGUGUUACAAAAUAUAAUGAAAUACCAUGGAGUAUUAUGAACCUCUUUGGUGUGCUUAAAUACAAGAAGAUGGCAGAGGACUUUGUCCGCAAUUCAGGCAUACCUUUCACGAUCAUCAGGCCGGGGAGAUUAACAGAUGGGCCCUACACUUCCUAUGACCUGAACACACUUGUUAAGGCUACAGCUGGAGAAAGACGAGCAGUUGAGAUAGGCCAAGGUGACAAGCUUGUGGGAGAAGCGAGCAGAUUGGUGGUGGCAGAAGCAUGUAUCCAAGCUUUGGAUAUUGAAUCUACCCAAGGAAAAAUAUACGAGAUUAGUUCGGUGAAGGGCGAAGGACCUGGGAGCGACCAGGAGAAAUGGAAGCAACUAUUUGCAGCUGCUGAAUCGAACUAGUGGCACUCUGAAGCACAGAGUGCAGUGCAUUUUAAUUUAUAUACACUGUAGUGGAAUUCCAUACAAGGGCAGUAGCGGUCCAGUACAUACAUAGGUGCAGAGUUGUCAUUGUCGCGGGAUUUGGAAACGACUCGCAAACAAUCGAGCAUAGUACUAUGUGCCUUAUCCAAGCUAUGCGCUCAGGCUUAAAAAUGGGAGAAUAUCAUACUACCGAUAUUCGGUGGAAACCGGUAUGUUUGUCCUUUUUGUUUAGCGACUCAUGGGCUGAAUUUGGAUACAGAUUUCUGUGUGAAUAGUAGAUAUUUUACAUUGUA